GAAGGAUAAUACUCUUAUAAUGUUACAAAAGCAUCCUGUACAUACUAAUUUAUAUAAUUCUGGUAUUAACCAGUGGAGAAAUUUAGUUAAAAAAUAGCGCGUUAAAUGCUUCUCUGACUUAUCGGAGGGUAUUCAUCAAUGUGACGUAGUAUAGCAAGAAAAUGGCCAGCGAUCAUUCCGGAAUGUAUGCAAACCAGUCAAAAAAGCCAUGGAAACAAGCGGGUAUGUUUCCAUGCAGUGCACGUCAUUUUGACCACGGGAAGAACGGGCACGAUAUUAUUACUCAAGACAUCUGGAUUUAUGCGGUCAAAGCCGUCUGUUUCACUACUGUCAUCGCUGUGCUAAGUGUGCUCCGCUUCGGGGUUGUGUUGUUCUCGCUAAACAUUGUGCGCAGCAAGGCCAACCUUAAAUUCUACAUGCUCGAGGAAGUCGCCUUAACGCUUUUUGGCAUCAUUCCGUACUUCGCUAUUAGCAUACAGCCUAUCCUGAACGCAAUUAUCGCCACAAGAAUUCUGCUACACAUCAGGAAUUUCCGUCAGACAGUUCUGGGACCCACUAACCUGUGCGCCUUCACCGCAGAUUUGGAACACCGCAGCGCAUUCGUGUGGGCAACUGCUAAAAUCCAUAUGGCAGUGUCAGUUCUUGUGGCUACCAUUGCCAUAUCCUUGAGUAUUUGCUAUUGUACAUUGGACACUUUCCAUUACAUGUUCGUGUUGGAAACCCAGAGCAAGAUUCUGGUGCCGUUUGUACUGAUGGAAGCGGUCAAUUCUGCUACCGGAUAUCUGUGUGUUAUGAAUGGACGGCGUCAACACGCCCUUGUUCUGAAAGUAUGGUACCGGGGAGCGGUUAAACCGGCUGAACCAUUUGUGUUUCCAUCGUCGGACACCAUCAUAAAGUUGAUGUGGCCAGCUAAUCCUGCCGUACACAAUCGUGACCAAGGACAUUCGUGAACAGUGAAAGCAUUGCGCUAAACGUUGCAGUUACUUUUUACUUUAUGCUCACUACUCACAAGAAAUUAUGUCUACUGUAUCUCACAGCUGGUUCAUUCCGGCGAUAAUGGGCCCUUAUCUGAUACCUGAUCCAGGAUUAUCACUCAGGCAGUAAAGUCCAUCACUUCGGACAUCCAAUUCGUCACUGCAGCAGUAAUGUCACCACUUUGGCAAAUUUGCUGAAGUUUCUGCAUUUGAUUACGUCUUGGAAACGCUGGUGGCGGUUACUGAAAGAUGCUAGAUUGACCUGAAAUCAGCUUUUCCGUUUAGAUUCGUCAUGUCUAUGAGUAGGGUCAAGGGGCUGCCUUUCGGAUGUGGAGCACGUCAAAAACGCCUAGGGAAAACUUUUGACGGAGGUGACAUUUUUGCCUGUCACAUUUUUACCAUUCAACUACGGUACUACAUUGCCUAAUGUUUACCCAUAAGCACUUCGUUGUUCCAUAUCAAUUUCAAUAACCUACUGUACUAUUUUUAAUUCGUAUAUUCCCAUGGUAAAAAUGUGCUGCUGUUCAGGAGACUGAAAGUUAGUUUUUCUUGAGUUCGUGAGUCCCGAUAAUGUACGA